AUGACGUUCCGAUCAUACGCGGGGCGGAAUCGCAAUCGCCAGCCCGGAGUGUCUGAUAGGCACCUUUACUCCAGAUGCAAUAUUGGUUUUCUUAAUGUUUGCACCCUACGACACAGCUUCGAUAUCCACAGUGAUGGCUCUGUUUCCUCUGUGGGAGAUACUGAGCUUGAAGUGCUAAAGCACCGCAUGCGUGAUCACCAUCUUUAUGCACUUGCCCUUAGUGAAGUGCGCCUGCCAGGAUCUGGCCAGGUGGCCGUGGGAGACGGUUUCGUCGUGCUCUUCGCGGGAUCCCAAGGAGAUGGUUCGCAGGGAGGCGUCGGCCUUCUCUUAUCACCUCCUGCUGUCAUUGCGUGGCGAGCUGCGGGCUCCAAAUGCAAGGCGUGGCCGGGAGGGCGCCUUCUGCAUGCUACUUUUGGUUUAGGUGGUUCCGAGGGCGUUUGGCACUUGGCCUCGGUUUACGGGCCGACCAUGCAAUGCGACGAAUCGGUCAAGGACGCCUUUUACUCUUCGCUGUCGAGCUUUUGGGCUUCGAUCCCUAACAGGGAAGUCGCCUUUGCAGUAGGGGACUAUAAUGCCCGGGUGGGUUACCGCUCCCGUGCUGGAGGUCUUAUAGACCUGGCAGUUGGGCGCCAGGCCGACUUUCCUUUUGUCCUUGAUACGCAUGCUUUACCAGGCGCGGAGGUGGAGAGCGAUCACAAACUUAUGGUUCUGCGCCUGCGAGCCUGCCCUCGUCGCUCAGUCACUGCCUCUGUCAGUUCGAACUUUGGACCUGUGACCCCUGGCACUUCGAGACCUGCACGCUUGGAUGUGCGCAGUUUGCAGGACCCUCGCGUCUCGCGGACAUUCUCCUCUGAGCUUCAUGCGCGGUUCACGGAGCUGCAGGAACCUCUGACUUUUGUCUCGUUGCCGACUAUGUUGCGACAAGCCGCUGAGUCUACGCUGCGUCCCACUGCCACCUCCGCCUCGGACUGGCGUGCUGGGCAUACUGACCAACUUGCGCUUUUAGCCCAACGGCGUCAGGCGGCCUUCACGAGUUGGCGCGCCGACCCCACCAACCCUGCCCUUCUACAGGCCCUGCAGCAGGCUCGCUCCGCCAACCGUGCUGAGGUUCGACGCUUCAAGACACAGUGGUGGCAGCAGCAGUGCCAACGCUUGGAGGGCGCCGUCAGGAGCCGCCAGGCCUACCAGCUUUUCGACGACGCCAGACGCUUGGGACGUCUCGCCAAGGGGCGUGGCCUCUUCGUGUCGUCGUUAGGGAGUACCCACACCACUGAGGAGGUUACGGAACACUUUACUAGGGUUCUAAACGUAGCUAGGCCUGUCAGCGCCGCGACCAUGGCAGCUGUGCCAGCUGUUGACAUAAAUCUCGAAGCAUCUCACUGGGACCCCCCGUCCUUCGAUGAAAUGUGUACUGCCAUUCGCUCUCUUGCAACUGGUAAGACCACCGAUUCAUCAGGAGUGCAAGCCGAAAUGUUGAAGUGUCUAGAUCCCUCCUGUGCCCAGGACCGCCUCAUUCUGACUGCAGUUCACAGUCUGGUCUGUGACUUUUGGAAUGGACGGACACCGGACGAGGACUUGCGCAAGUGGCACGAGUCCCUACUGUUUGUCCUUUACAAGGGUAAAGGAGGGGUCGAGACCUUGGAGAAUUUCAGGGGCGUUGUGAGUUUGGAUAUUGUGUCUAAGCUGGUAAGCCGCCUUCUUAAUAACAAGCUUGUCGCAGUUGUUGAGCAAGUCGCGGAUGAGACAGAACUGGGCUACCGCCGAGGGCGCGGAGUGACGGACGCCGUCUUCUGUGCCAGACGCGUCAUCGAAUCUUGGAGAUUCAGCAACCCCGAUGCUGCAGGCGCUCCAGAUGCGUUGUAUCUACUAUUCAUCGAUUUGAAGAAAGCUUUUGACGCUGUGCCCAGGGAAGAGAUGUUUUCUCUGCUGAGUCGCUGCCUUCAUCUUCCUUCACACGUCAUUGGCAUGCUUCGCAGUCUUCACGAGGGCAUGACUACUUCUCACUGCCACUCGGGCCAUGUCGGUCCACCGAUCAACAUGAGCACCGGUGUGAGACAGGGCUCCGUUGAGGGGCCCACUUUGUACUUGUUAUACUACUCCCUGCUUUUAAAGGAUUUUCGAACCCGAUGUGCAGCUCGUUUCCCUGAUCCUGUGGGAGUUCCAUGGGUGACUAACAGAGAUGCCAUCUUUCGUAUCCCUUCUAAGGUUCGCAGGGCGGCGUACACAACAGUACAACUUCAUGGAGCCACCUACGCUGAUGAUAGCCUGAUCUUUGACACAGACUGGGACAGGUUUUCUCGAAUGGUGAGCAUCCUUGAUGAUUGUCUUCGUGACUGGGGCGCCGAGCUCAAUAAGGUGAAGACAGAGUGGAUGGAGAUUCCGUCGCUCUCUUCACCCAUCCAGGGCCUUGGUUUGCCCGCCUUCGCGGCAGAUGAUGCAGCGCCUCUGCCGGGCACCAGGGUCCUGUAUGCUAAUGGGAUUGCUCUCCCUAAGACGGGUUGCUUUAAGUACUUGGGUGGAUGGCUAGGCAUAGACUACACUCUUGGCACAUCCUUGGAUGUCAGCAGCCGCAUCGGGCAAGCGAACGCUGCCUUUGGACAACUCACACACGUGUGGAGAUCUCGCCAGAUUUCGCGAGAGUCUAGCCCGGUUAGCAAGAAGUCCAAGUCCGACGCGGGCAGCUCAGCCAAGACGCCACCUGAGGUCAGCUCCGCAAACGCUGCGCCCUCUCGGCAGCAUGUGCAGCCCCUGAGCUGUGCUGAGCUGACGAGGGGCUACUUGGACCACGACUACCAGCUCCGACAACUGCAGGCUUCCUCUACGGUGGUCUACCGCUUCGAGGAGUCGUCGGCGUUCUCCCAGCUCUGCCUAAGUGCCGUGCGCUUAUGGCAGUCUAAGCACAAGGCGGGAGUGGCACACCCUUACGGGGCGUGCAGUACGGCGGUGGCCUCAGCUGUGUUGGUGGAGCUCGCCAAGGAUGACGAAUGUCCGGAGCCCCUUCGAGUGUUGUUGGAUGCUAUGGUUUCGGGCGACAUGGUCAAUGUGGCCCGCGAAGUUUCCUUAUGUACGGCUCGACUCAACGCGAAGAAGACCUUCAUGAUCAUGGAAUUCAGGGCACAUGCGGCCAGCCCUCUCAUGGCUUAUCUACCAACCAUACAGCUCUUUUUGGCGAAACAAGGCGGUGAGAGACUUGGCAUGAGACCUGCUGGAGCUUUGGCACGCAAAGCCGGCGGACGAUCGCUGCAGUGA